AUGGAUAAGUCAUGGAUGAAGGCUGAUAGAAGAUCACUACAGUUUCAGUUAGGACUUGAAGAAUUUCUGAAAUUUGCAUCGGAUAAUGCAAGGGACAUAAAUAAAAUAUGUUGCCCUUGCUUGAAGUGCCAUAACACUGAUUUCGGCGGUAUAGGGCUGAUUAAGGACCAUAUAUUUUUUAACGGUAUUGAUGUUAGUUAUAAGCAUUGGAAGUGGCAUGGAGAACCAUCUGCUUCUGCCUUGCAUGCUCUUAGAGGGGAUUCUGAAACAGUCGAAAUGAAUCCUGAUUUAGGCAUACAAGUAGAAGCUGUAGGGUUAGAGGGUAGUGAGGAUGAGGAGAUUUCGGAAGACUCGAACGAGUUUAUGCAGUUUGUAGAAGAUGGAGAUAAGCCUCUAUAUCCUGGUUGUACCAAGACAACCAAGUUGAAUGGUUUGAUACAAACAUUCAAUAUGAAAGCAAAGCACGGCAUGACUGAUGCGUGCUAUUCAGAUAUGUUAAUUAUGAUUGGCCUCUUGCUUCCAGAAGGAAAUGACUUACCAGGGUCUACUUAUGAGGCUAAAAGAACACUUUCCGCAUUGGGGAUGGGGUAUGAAAAGAUUCAUGCUUGUCCAAAUGACUGCAUCUUGUACAGAUUGCACCAUGCUGAUGCGAUCAGUUGUCCAACUUGUGGUGAAUCAAGGUGGAAACUUGGAAAGGACAAAUCUGAGAAAGAAGGGGUUCCGGGGAAGGUAUUGUGGUACUUCCCUCCGAUCCCAAGGUUCAAACGGAUGUUCCAAUCGACAGUGUCAGCUAAGGAGCUAACUUGGCAUGCCAAUGAUCGAAAGAAAGAUGGAAUGAUGAGGCAUCCAGCCGAUUCCCCAACUUGGAAAAUGAUUGACACAAAAUGGCCAGACUUUGGUCUAGAAAGUAGGAACCUUAGAUUAGCGCUUUCAUCAGACGGGUUUAAUCCACAUAGUUCUCUAAGUAGCAAAUACUCAUGUUGGCCUGUUAUACUUAUCACCUAUAACCUUCCUCCAUGGUUAUGCAUGAAGAGGAAGUACAUGAUGUUGACUAUGUUAAUUUCUGGACCCAAACAACCCGGAAAUGACAUUGACGUCUAUCUACAGCCAUUAGUGGAUGAUUUGAAAGUGUUGUGGGAUGGGGUUGAGAGAGUAUAUGAUGCUGUAAGAGGAGAGUAUUUUAAACUGAAGGCGAUACUAUUAUGGACAAUUAACGAUUUUCCCGCGUAUGGGAAUUUAUCGGGAAGCAUUGUGAAAGGAUACAAUGCUUGUCCAAUAUGUGUUGAUCAGACAAGACCCUAUAGGUUGAAGCACUCUAAAAAAAUGGCAUUCAUGAGGCAUCGACGAUGGCUGCCACGACAUCAUCCUUAUAGAAAGCAAGCUGCUUCCUUCGACAACACCAUAGAGGAGGGUGAAGCUCCUACACCAUUAACUGGAGAGGAGGUGUUGACCAGAGUUCAAGGUCUAAAUCGACCAUUUGGCAAGAAAAACCCUCCUCCCCCUUAUAAGGGUCUUGAAGAUGAAAACAGACCUUGCUGGAAAAAAAGUCUGUUUUCUUCGAACUUGAUUACUGGGAACAUCUUCCGGUAA